GGCAUCACCUUUUAUCGUCUCGACGGAAAAACCAGUACACAUUAGCAAUAUUUAUACUUGAUAUGGGUGUCUGAUGCUUUUACCGUAAGGAUCGUGUAUAAAGGAGCACCUCAGUUUUGUGUCCAAGUGAAUGUCAAUUUGAAUAUGGUUAAAGCAAGUGUGCUUAUUUUGGCAUUAGUUUAUUGUGCGUCCUCGUAUCAUCAUCACCACAACCAUGAUGACGAGUUCUUGGUGUCCACGCCGCUAGGUUCAAUUAAGGGUGCACCAUUGCAAACGGUACUGGGAAAGAAGAUUUACUCAUUCAGAGGCAUCCGGUACGCCAAGGCACCAAUAAAUGAGCUACGGUUUCAGCCUCCAGAGCAAGUGAAAGGCUGGGCAGGUGUUUAUAACGCGACCAAAGAUGGAGCUGCUUGCCCUCAACCCGAACUGAGCAACACCAACGAAGACUGUUUAUUUUUAAAUGUGUACACCACGCAGUUACCUCACAAGGGAUCGAAUCCCAACCGCCCCGUCUUGGUCUUCUUCCACCCAGGUGGAUACUACUCUUGGGGCGGAUACAGUGAGGCGUUCGGGCCGGACUACUUAUUAGACCAGGACAUUGUACUGGUCACGUUAAAUUACCGCCUGGCUUCCUUAGGAUUUAUGAGUACCGGCGAUAAGUUCGCGCCUGGAAAUAACGGCCUGAAAGACCAAGUGGUGGCGCUGAGAUGGGUGAAGCAGAAUAUAGCGUCGUUCGGUGGUAACCCGAACCUGGUGACGAUCUUCGGGUACAGUGCCGGAGGCGCCACUACCUCCUUAAUGUUAGUUUCACCAAUGGCGAAAGGCCUUUUCCACAGAGCGAUUAUAAUGAGCGGCUCCGGUUUUGGAAACUGGCCAGUGCGACCUCAUCAAUUCGAAUUGGCCCAAAAGCAAGCGCGCUUGGUGAACUGUCCAGAUACCGAUUCCGAAUCAAUUUUUAAAUGUCUUAAAACGAAGAGUGCAGAGGAAAUUGGAAACUCUCUAUAUGAAUUUGCUGAGUUCGCUUACGGUCCCAUUUUGAGCUGGCUGCCGGUCAUCGAGCCGGACUGCGGCCAAGAAAGGUUUCUGACCGACGACCCGGUAAAACUCCUUCUGCGAGGGGAGUUUGAAAGAGUUCCGGUAAUCACAACUGUAACCGCCGAGGAAUUCAAAUACGUAGCGUGGAACCUACUAGAUAACGCCACCUGGCUCAGGGAAAUGGACGAAAACUUCGAGAAAAUUGCGCCUAUUGAGUUCAUAUACGAAACGGACACCGAGAAUUCCAAGCACAUCAGUAGAGAGUUGAGGAAAUUUUAUUUGGGCGAUGGACCUUUGACUGAAAAGUCUCUACCUCAAAUUGGAAAGUUGUAUGCCGAUGGAGUCAUAGGGUUUGGCGUGAACAGAGCAGCUAAGUUGCUGGCAGCUAAAAAUUCAGAACCGACCUACUACUACAAGUUUAGUUACGAAGGGCGUUACAGUUUCCAUUACAAACCAAACACUACCACACCAGAAGGGGUGGUCCAUCAUGACGAUCUACAGUACAUUUUCUACAUUUCGCGCUUUCCACGGCUGAAGCCCUCUGAUCCAGAGUACAAAACCGUACAGAAGAUGACCAGUAUGUUGAAAAACUUUGCCGUAACAGGAGUUCCCAUCCCCAAAGCGAGUCAUUUGCUCGAUGACACCGAGUGGAAACCGAUUAGGCCGGGAAAUAACGUGUAUUUGGACAUUGAUGAAAAGAUGGUAAUGAAAGAAAACUUGUAUGAGGAUCGCUAUUCUGUUUGGGAGAGACUCUUUCCGUUGCCGAAAGUAUGAGUGCAAUCCGUUUUAUAAUAGAAAUUAUGAAAAUAAAUGCAAAUAGAGCUAUAGAUCAGUA